AUGACCUUCCACGCGGAGCCUCAAGACUACACGCACUACGUCCCGCCGAGCGCGAUCUCGACGCGUUACUACGCACUCAGCAACCCCUACGCAUACCCCGCAGAACAGCCCACUCACUCCGCUAUGCACGCCGGAAAUCCCCUUCCGGCCGAAGCGGCGCCCUCUGGCGCGCCCGCGACGGGCCCCCCUGCCGUCACGGCAGAAGGCGCCCCGCAGACGUCGUUCACGACGUCUACCUCCCCCGCGCGCGUUGACCCUGUUCUUCCAAAACAAAGAAGAAACAGGGACGACCCCGGCGGCGAGUCUCGCCCACUGGCGCAGCCCGCAUCACUGCACGAGGUAGGCCCCGCCCUCCUUCGCCUUGGACAGAACCCAAAGGUUAACGUCGCGUGCUCUUACCCGCAGGAAUUUCAACCGGGCCGCUGGGGUCCCGCAGCAGCAGCAGCGGCGUUCGGUGCGCCCGCCGGAGGCGCGGGCUUCCAUUACGCCCGCGCGCAGACGCCGCCCGCCAUUGUGCCUUCGCAAUGGAAGCUAGGCGCCGCGCUCGACGAGCUGCGCUUCAGCAACCGCGUCAACGAUCGCCGAACCACGGCCAUGGCCGCCUCGUCCAGCCAGCCAUACCCGCCGACGCGCCCGGGGCCGUCGUCUCCCUUGAGCAGGGAGGACGCCGCACGCCUCGCCGCCCUCAAGAUGCAGCUCGGGCUGCACGACGGCGCCGAGCGCGCGGGCCCUAGCACGAGCGCCGCCGCGAACCCGUCGCCGUCCGCGAGCACGCCGGGGACGGACAGCGAGGGCGAAUACGUCAUGAACAAGUCGGCCAUCUACUCACCGACGACCGGGCGCAAGCUCGCGCUGUCCGCAGAGCCCGGCGGGAAGGCGUCCGUGCAGAUCGUGCCGGGCACGACGUCCGCGAAGAGGCCGUACAAGCGCGGCACGCCCGUCGCGUGCGCGUUCUGCCGCAAGCGCAAGAUCGCGUGCGGGGGCCCGCAGGAAGGCGACGAGGCGCGGCGGUGCGGGUGA